CAUGCGCACUGCGCGGAUGCCAUAUUGGAAUGAGUCUGCCGCGGGUGCGGGCGGAGGGACGGGUCGGCUCCGCGCAGCGGAAAAAAAUUACUCAAAAAAACCCCAAACUUGCUCAGUUUGUGCUCUAGGAACUCUCUGCUGCAGGAUGAAUUAGGAAGGAAAGGACUCUUUCUCUGAACCAUGGACACAAGAGCGUCUUUCAUCGCUACCAUGCAAGAGACCCAGCAUCUAUCCCCAGAGAAGGGGCAGGGCCUGGCCAAUGGUGAUGGGGAACAGUUUGAUUCAGAUGAGGGCUCCAGCAUUGAGGAUGCAGACUUCAACUGGGAUGAGUUCCUGGAGGAAACAGGAGCCAGUGCUGCUCCCCACACCUCCUUCAAACAUGUUGAAAUCAGCCUCCAAAGCAGUUUUCAGCCAGGGAUGAAAUUGGAAGUGGCCAACAAGAGUAAUCCAGACACAUACUGGGUGGCUACAAUCAUCACAACCUGCGGACAACUCUUACUGCUUCGCUACUGUGGCUAUGGGGAUGACCGGAGGGCAGAUUUUUGGUGUGAUGUAAUGACAGCAGACCUCCACCCCGUUGGCUGGUGUACGCAGAACAACAAGGUCCUGAUGCCUCCAGAUGCAAUCAAAGAGAAGUAUGUGGACUGGACAGAGUUUCUUAUCCAUGAUUUGACUGGCGCCCGGACCGCACCUGCAAAUUUACUGGAAGGCCCUCUGCGAGGAAAAAACCCUGUAGACCUCAUUACAGUUGAUUCCUUAAUAGAGCUGCAGGAUUCCCAGAAUCCCUUUCAGUACUGGAUAGUUAGUGUGGUUGAAAAUGUUGGAGGAAGAUUACGCCUUCGCUAUGUGGGAUUGGAGGAGACUGAAUCCUAUGACCAGUGGUUGUUUUACUUGGAUUGCAGACUUCGACCAGUCGGUUGGUGUCAAGAGAAUAAAUACAGAAUGGACCCACCUGCAGAUAUCUAUUCUCUGAAGACAGUAUCUGAGUGGAAAUGCGCUCUGGAAAAAUCCCUUAAUGAUGCAGCAAAUUUUCCUCUUCCAAUGGAAGUAUUCAAGGACCAUGCUGAUUUGAGAAACCACUUCUUCACUGUGGGGAUGAAGCUGGAGGCGGUGAAUAUGAGGGAGCCGUUUCAUAUCUGUCCUGCAUCAGUGACUAAGGUUUUUAACAAUCAUUACUUACAAGUGACCAUUGAUGACUUGAGACCCGAACCCAGCAAAAUCUCAAUGCUUUGCCAUGCGGAUUCCUUAGGGAUCUUGCCAAUACAGUGGUGCCUUAAAAAUGGAGUCAAUCUCACACCACCCAAGGGUUACUCUGGUCACGACUUUGACUGGGCAGAUUACCAGAAGCAGUGUGGAGCGGAGGCAGCACCUCACCUGUGUUUUAGAAACACGUCCUUCAGUCGUGGUUUUACAAAGAACAUGAAGCUGGAGGCAGUGAACCCUAGGAAUCCUGCAGAGAUAUGUGUUGCUUCUAUCACCUCAGUUAAAGGACGGUUAAUGUGGCUUCACCUCGAAGGUUUACAGAUGCCCUCUCCAGAGUACAUCGUUGAUGUGGAGUCUAUGGACAUUUUCCCAGUUGGUUGGUGUGAAGCGAACGCUUAUAACCUUACUCCACCACACAAAGCUGUUUUGCGAAGGAAGAGAAGAAUUGCAGUCGUGCAACCAGAAAAGAAGUUAUCAUCCUCAGUGCCUGUUGAGAAAAUACCUCAUGACCUCUGCCCGGUUCCUCAGCCAGACACAACAGGCACCAUCAAUGGGAGAUACUGCUGCCCCCAGCUCUACAUCAACCACCGCUGCUUCUCAGGUCCAUAUUUAAACAAAGGCAGAAUAGCAGAGCUACCUCAGUCUGUUGGGCCUGGCAAGUGCGUGCUGGUCCUUAAAGAGGUUCUGAGCAUGGUGAUCAAUGCAGCUUACAAGCCAGGGAGUGUUUUACGAGAGCUGCAGCUAGUGGAAGAUCCUCAGUGGAAUUUCCAAGAGGAAACGCUCAAAGCAAAAUACAGAGGGAAGACAUACAGGGCGACUGUUAAGAUUGUGCGAACGUCGGAUCAGGUUGCGGAUUUCUGCAGAAGAGUCUGUGCAAAGUUGGAGUGCUGUCCCAAUUUGUUCAGUCCUGUGCUGGUGGCUGAAGUCUGCCCAGAGAACUGCUCCAUUCAUACGAAAACCAAGUACACUUAUUAUUACGGAAAGAGGAAAAAAAUCAUUAAGCCACCAAUUGGGGAAAAUAAUAACAUGAAAAGUGGACAUGUCAAGCCAGCCAGACGCAGAAAAAGGCGGAAAUCCAUCUUUGUGCAGAAGAAAAGAAGAUCGUCAGCUGUUGAUUUGAAUGUUGCAGGCUCUGCAGAGGAGAGUGAAGACGAUGAGCCAGACGCAGUUGAGGAUGAGACGGGAAGUGAGGAGACGAGCUCGGAGCUCCGUGAUGAUCAGACGGACACCUCCUCUGCUGAAGUCCCCUCUGCUAGGCCCCGGCGAGCGGUCACCUUGCGCAGCAGCACUGAGUUGGACAGACCUCCUCCUAUGGAGAGGGCCCGGCGGAGCCGCCGGCCACAACCCAUCUCCUGCAGUGAGGUGGAGAAGUCACCGCAGGUCAAGGAAGAAAUUAAGCAAGAAGAAGAAGAGAAGCUCGUCCUGGACAGUAAUCCAUUGGAGUGGACUGUGACUGAUGUUGUGAGGUUUAUUAAACUGACUGACUGUGCACCCCUUGCCAAAAUAUUUCAGGAGCAGGACAUUGAUGGCCAAGCCCUUCUGUUGCUGACGCUGCCCACGGUGCAAGAAUGCAUGGAGCUGAAGCUUGGUCCAGCCAUCAAACUGUGCCACCAGAUCGAGCGAGUAAAAGUUGCAUUCUAUGCACAAUACGCCAACUGACUGCACUUCUCCAUUUCUUUCUGUUCUCCUUGUUCCCUCUAUUUUUUAACAUUGCAACUCGUUCAAGUUUUUUUCCUCUCCCUCUUUUCUUUGCCAAAAAACCAUGGAAUUGGAAGCACUGGGAAUUAAUCUGUAGGGGGGAAAAUAACACAACAAAAAACUAGCAACAAAUUGAACUAACCGUUCAGUAGUUGUAAAGCACAGUGAAAGAUUGCUGGCAUCUCUCCUCACGAGCCUCACCAACAUGUUUUGCUGCAGUGCAAGGCCAACGUGGAUUAGAUGGAUUGUCGUUCUUUAAAGCAAAGCUACCGACGGCGGACACAUUCCCAAGGGGAAUAGUUGGACAUUUUCGGUGAUGAUGUUUUGUUUUCAUCAAUUUCUGGACUCGAACAAUCCUUUUAGCUAACUCUGACAUGCUUCUUUCAUAUUGAAAUGGAAGCGAGAAUUUGUAGCACUACCUGAGCUUUACCGCAGAUUUGAUCUUAGUGAUCAUUGGGCUUUUUUUCACCUCCUCGCCAGUCAUACAACAGGGAGGAAGUGUUAUACCAAUCAUAUGCUAUUUGUAUUACUGAGUGAGUUAUAAAGCAGGACUCAACCCACCAUCUCUGAAUGGUAUCACACAAAGCUGCAGCAAAUUGACAGGGCUGCACCAAGACCUAUUGCACAGUAAUGCUUUCUGAGCCACAGUGGCUGAGCUGAAUUGUCUCACUGAUGGGAUCUGUGCAGUACUGCAUUCACGUGAAGGACCGUACAUGAAAUCCUCCAAAGUCAAGCCCAUCCAUUAUUUAGGUCACUAAAUAUAGGCCGGACUUUGAAACCCAAGGGAUGAAAAAAAUAGGGGGGGAUCAGAUUUAAUGGGAAGACUGUUCAGCACACACUGAUUUCACUUGCACCUUUGUCAGUCUGGUUACUAGGUGGGAAUAAAAAUCAUCAAUAUUUUCAGGCUGGGUACACCAUGGUGUUUUGGUCCAACUGACUAGUCCAACCCAUUGCACCUUCUGUCACCAGUCUGUAUAAAUGCCCCACAUUGUCCCAGUGGCACCCUGGCCAGUGAAACUGGGGGCUUGCUUCGUGCCAAGUAGGGUGAGCACGAGAGGGAGUGAAGAAGUGGGUCAGACAUCUUGGGUUUGCCUCAAUUGUACAUACAGGAUGAGUAUUUUCCAUUUACUUUAUAGGGAUAUAUGGCCCUCUGAGUGCCACAUGUUGACCUCAGCAAUGGUUGGUGGCAUCACAUUGGUGAAAAAUCAUCUGAAAGCAAGAACCAAACUGGUUCUUCAGACCAAGUCUGAAUUUUGCUUUGACUUUAGGUGCAGGUGAAUUCUUCUCUCCAAAGGUGAAUCGGCUAGUUAGUGCUGAUUUCAUCAGAAACCACUGACUUCAGCAGACUUUUUCUAUAAACUGGAAACAGACCCCACUUCCCUGCUCUCAGGGAACUCAGCCCAGAAAUUUAGUACAACCACAUCACAGUGUUGUGAUGCCAAAGCCCACUCAGCUAAGACCUCUUCAGAAAUAAAUGUAAUUUCUAACACUAAAUCUGAAGACUUUUCUUAGGGCCAGAUAACCCCCAUCUCAGACAGUUAACAUAUGGUGACAGCAGACUUGGGUCACAUAAUCCUGCCGGCCUCAGUGUGCUCAGCAGAACCUACUGACCAAUAGCAGGCUGUAGCUGCUGCUUUCUCCUUCAUCGGUUUCCUCCUUAAAAUCUUUGGUUUAAAGGUGGAAAGCCUCAGAAAUAGAGAUUCUGAAUGAUGUCCAGAUUUGCUCUAGGGCAUGGAUUAGGUAAGAAGUAUGGCCAUGCAUCGUGAAGACGUUCUAGACCAUCUUUAAGGGAGAUUCCUGAUUUGCCACUGAGGAGUGUGAUGGGUGCAAGCUGGGCCAAGUCCUGCCAGCUCCUGAGACUUCAUAGAAAAUUUGCUUCUACUGACGAACUUAUUGUUCAAGUUUUAAUCAAAUGAAGCAAAAAGUAGUCAUCUCCGUGCCAAAAUGUUUCCUUUUGUUUCUAAGAAAUCUAGAAGUAGGGUUCUGUGGUAUUGCAGACAUUCAAAAACUUGGCUUUAGACUGGAUUUCCUUCUGACAGUAGCAGUGAACUCUGUCCAUGCGACUAGUGUGAUGACUACUUUGGAUUCUUCUAAAUAUUCUAAAUAAAACAUCGCACCAGUUUUCAUCUCUGAAGACAAAAAGAUUCCAGCAAGAAGAGAGUAGAAUAAUAGAAUCGUUAAGGUUGGAAAAGAUCUCUAGGAUCAUGCAGUCCAACCAUCCAGCUACCACCAAUAUUGCCCACUAAACCAUGUCCCUAAGUACCACAUCUACAUGUUUCUUGGUCACUUCCAGGGGCAGUGACUCCACUACCUCCCUGGGCAGCCUGUUCCAGAGCCCUACCAGCCUUUUGGAGAAGAAAUUUUUCCUAAUAUCCAACCUGAAUGCUUCUCCCAGCUCCACACUGCUUCAGCCCAGUCAUACAUCUGCCAGCAGAGGAUAGCCCCCAAAAGUCUGCUGUCAGAAGAACCAGUAUACAGGGAUGUUUCAAAGAAAGAGAGUGACUGUUCACUAAACAACAUCCUAGCACCAAUCCUUUACUUACCAUGUUCACCUUCUGAACAUCCUUUGCUGCUUUAAUGUUCCUUGGACUUUGUGGCUGCUGGGACUUGUCGAAGACAUUUAAUUCUUGCUGGGAUACGUUGAAAAAAGAAUCAGUUUUUUUCCAUCAACUUUGUAACUAGAUUUUCCAAUGGCAGCUAACUAUUGUGGGGGCUGGGCCAGGGAGCAGCUAGCCUUGGUGUUGGCCAGGCUGGGGAUGGGUGGAGCAUUGAGCCCAGCACAUGGAAAUCUUUACUGAUUUUUCAGGAAAAUUAAAUCAUAUUUUAAACUCACCUAUUAAGCAAAAACAACAAAAAAAUUUAGCUCACACCAGCUCUUUCAUUUCCUCAGGAUUUUCGCUUCUCACCAUUUGUCUUUUGGUUUAAUAUUCUCCAGUGUGCUCUCAUUUAUCUCUGUCUAUCCUGUUGGAGAAGAUGAUAACUUGAAAUCUCUAACCUAAAAUUACCUUGCAUUGAAUGGGUGGUAGGUGCUUUAUUGUGUUUUUUUUUUUUAAGUGUGCGGAAUGAAAAGAAAAAUGGAAUUGGGCUGCUGUUGUCUGUUGUACUUAUUGCCUCCCAGAGAAGCUGGAGCCAGACCUUUUAGUUUCUUAAACAAGUGGGAAGUGGGUUCCUCACACUUUAAUUGGGCAUUCUACUCAGAUUGUCACUUGAAGCUUGAGCUUGAGCAGAGAUCAGAGAGAACUGCUUAUUCUUUCCUUCAUUCCAAUUCCUGAAAAUUAGCAAGGGUUUGGAGUAAUUUACUUCGAAAGAGCAAUGUUCUUAGGGUAAAAUGACAUUUAACUCUGCUGUGUAGAAGCAUUUUGCAAGACAGUCAUCAGGAAGACCUGGGGGAUCCACUCUUUGACUGACUGACCAUCUCUGGAUCAAGCUUUUCUAUAUCCAGUCAGGUGGUUUUAAAUCUCCCAUAGCUAAUUCUGGAUACACUUCAAUAUUGUAAGCAAGUAGAUCAUCUGGUACUAAGCACUCCAGUGUUAGCCCUUAUAUGAAGCCGGUAGAUCCUUGAAGACACGUGACAUAGAGAUUGCUCUACUUAUGACUCCUCCCUCUUUUUUUUUUUCAUUUUGUUCAGACCAAUUUUCACAUGACCCUGUUUAAUUUCUGUGUGACAUUUUUAACUAAAAUAGCCUUGUGAUGGGGUAACUUAGAUUUUUUUUUGAACACUGGAAGUGUUUUUGGUCCUGCAUAGAUUCUGGGUCUUCAACUUCAGAGCUGGUGCAACUUCAUAGAUAUACUAGUGACAUUGAUGCAGCCACAUCUUCUCAUUCUGAAUUUGAUACACAGGGCUGAAGUUUAUUGUGUUACCAGUUACAAAAGUGAUGAAUUCAUGGUUAUCCAAGGCCAUUACCAAGGGCUGAGGAGCAACUCUGCAGUUGCUUUGGGCUGUUGGAUGCUGAACUUCAGCACAUUCACACUGGCCACCUUUCUCCUGCAAGAAAGGUGUGCAGGCACCUGUUGUGGAUCUCUCUCGAGGCAUAGGACCAAGGAUGGAAAUUUCCAGAGCUUUGUGCUCUGGAACACAAGAGUAGGAGGGAGCGGUACCUGCCCAUCUCCAUUUGGCUUCUUUUGUGAUUGAGCUGGUUCAGGUUUAUCAAGGUCUCUGCUCCCUUUCCGAGCCCAUCAGCAUUUACCUUGGACAGAAUCCAACCACUUUUCAGACCCAUACUGGUCUCUCAGGUUGGAUUAAAGCAGUAACUUACAGGAAUGUCCAUGACUCCCAGCUGGCUGACCUGCUUACUUCUGGCUGCCACGGGUGCUCCUCUCCCGCCUCAAAGGAAAAUUAUCUUUUUGAUUUCAGAGCUAUUCAUUCCUUUCCAGAUAGAAAACAUAGCUCCAUCCACACCCCUUGUCCUUUCCUCAGUGCUAGGAUGACUGAACCCUGGCUGUUUCUACCUCUCAAAGGUAUGUUGGCUUCAGCUCCGAGAAGGAUUUCAGGGUCUCCAGCUCCACCAUGUUAGCCAUGUGCAAUAGUCUCAAGAGUUUGGUUUUGCAGGGUGCAGAAAAUCUAGAAAUGCAGUGUUGACUUCUAAAAUCAGGGCAAAUGCUUACACUCCCUGUCCUUGGUGAAGCAUCUAGCAGAUGGGUGUCCUAGUGGAAAAGGCCUGAUCCACAUUUACAUAGGUAUUUGAAUGUCUGAUGGGAUGUACAAAGUUUCUCAGUGAAAGAUUCAUGAUGUCCAUUAAGACUUCAUUCUGGCUAAACAGCUGAUUUGCCUUAAACUGGAAUGUUGCCAUUCCUUGGCUUUAACUUGCAAGCUUUUACAGUCCACAGAUGUGGACCGGAGCAAACACCAACUCAGCUCUCUGAAGGCCAACCAGACGCCAUUGGGUUGCCGUAAUCAGUUGCUGGUCGCCUGUGCCCUGGUUGUGUCAGGGCACAAAAUUGGUUUUGAUGGAGCUGCAGUGUAACUGCAGUGCUUUGGAGGCUCAGUACCAUCAAGGUAUUUCAAAUGAUUUUUGUUUUCCUGGUGCACAGUGUCUGGAAGAAUAACGCAGCUCAUACUGUUCCUCUCAUUUUAAAAUUCAAGUGCCAAAAGAGAAGAACAUGCUGCAACUGAACACCAUUAAAACCAGCUUUAUUACUUGUGGAUAAUUAUAGUCUCAAGGGCUCCAUUUUGGUGCUAGAAUAUGUCAUGCUGUAUUUUCCAGUGCUUGGAAUUACAAAGCUGAUUCCCCUCUUCAGGAAAUAUUUUCUGUAAUCAAAAACAUCUUAAACAUUAGGAUUGUAUGAUUGUUUUUUUUUUCUUGUUCUUUAAUUCAGAUACACUCAACAAAUGAAUUCCUCUCCCUUCAGUCAUGUGAGUUUUUGAGAACUUUUGUACAGUAUAUAUGUAUAUGUAUAUUUAAAAACUCUUUAUAAAUUUCAGUGCAUGCCUAUUUUUUCCCUUGAUAAUAUUUUGUCAUAUCAGCUGACCUAUGAUUAAGGGAAUCUGUUACUCAGGAUUUGAUCCAGAAGUCACCGAGGUUAGUGGAAGUGUCCUCACACGUGUAGGCUCUGGGACAGGGUCUUCAACAGAUUCUUCCACUUAGAAGCCAAAAAGCGUGCAGUUAAUUAACACAAAAUUUAAAAUCUUCCCUCUCCCAGCAGGCAGGUAUCCUGCUGAAAUCUGCCGGACUUAAUGAGAAGAGGGUUCAUGUCCUUAGGUACUCAUGAACUCCAAAGAAAGGAGCAGAAGCAUUUAAUGCUCUCAUUUAUUAUUUGGUACGAUACUCCAGCAACAAGUGCAAGUGAUCUUAAUGUCUGAAUUUAGAAUAUGAGUCAGUCAUCAAAGAAUGAGAGUUUUACAGCCCAGUAGUCCUUUAAAUGUCAUCUGUCCUGGAGGAGAAGAAUGAUUUUACAAUGAUUUGGUGCCAUGCACAGGAAUUCUCUUGCAGAAGACAGAUUAACUGCACAAAAACAUACUGGGUCAUGGUUUUAAGUACGCAUGCCCUUUUAAUUGCUUUAGUCUUUAAUGGGAAAAAGGUUUUCAUGUUGCGGGGUUAAAACUCCCACUUCUGUCAUGGCUUAUGGCACAACAUACUAGUGGAAUACACUUGUAUCUGUUGUCAGACGGUGUAUGAGCCAUGGAGGUGUUUGUGGACAAGCAGAUACUUCAGAUAGGACAAAGAGAUCUCACUUCAGUACCUUGUUAAAGGAGUCCUCUGUGGAGCCUGGAGGGCACGUGCUCCCCAGAACACAUCAUGGAGGGGCAUGUGUCCAGCUAUGCUGUUGCUGCAUGGUCAUGUUGCCCAAGUAGCCUAAUGCAACAAGACGAUUGCAACCUACCCACAGGUAUUCCUGACCUUGAUACCUACCCAGAGGUAGAUGUGGGAGUGGGCAGGGGGGGUUUUCAGGGAAGAAGAGUGGGUUUGAGGCUCCUCUCAUAUGAGGGAUGGACAGAUGCGGUUCAUCAGCGUAAUUCCUCAAGACGUCUCUGUCUUGUUCAUAGUAAAUAGAGAUGCUCUGAGCCAUUGCAGGGGCCAGGUGAGAGGGAGGAAAGAAGCAGGCAGUAUAUUCUCAGCUAGAAAGCUGGCAGCUCUCUUUUUUGUUUUGCUGAUGGAGAUGUAGGAAUUUGGCCCUGAUGGGUGGAUAGGAAGGCAGUAGGGAAGAUGAGUCUUUCUUCCUUGUGCUCAGCUCCUGUACAUCUCCUGGUUUCUGGAGGCAACUUUCAGACUUCCAAGGGAAAGUCAGGGACCAAAACUUGAGCUCUCUCCCAUAGAAAUAGGUGAUACUGCCUUAAGUUCAGGUUGUGGAUCUACAAAAUGCUGUUGUGUGUUAUGAUGUGAGAAGACAAAAAUCUGCAUACCCAAGUCACCAGUCUGCUUGUUGCUGUUCUAGUUUCACUGAAGUUUAUGACCAUUAUAUCUGCUUAUAAAUGUAGGUAGGUAUAUAAAGUGCAGCCAAGCAUUCACUGUGAUAUGGUUCAAAAGUGGUGAAAGAUCUCAGCUGCAGGCUUUGAAAGGAGUUGAGUCUUCUCAUGUGCCAGGAUGAUGCAAGGUAAACACUCAGACCCACCUGACACUUACAGAACAACAGAAAUGAGCUCAAUAACCAGCAGUCACGGUCUGUUCAUGGUGAUGCACAUUGGAAAUCUUUGAAUAGUUUUGCAUUCCAAUUUAUACGGGAGAUUUGAUUCAAACAGUGUAUAUAUAAUCCCUUUGGUGUGUUACAAAUAUAUAUGUGUGUGUGUAUAUAUAUGUAUAUAUAUGUGUGCGUGUGUAUAUAUGUAUGUGUAUAUAUAUACAUAUAAAUCAAUGCUGGUGUUUUUACUUUUUAAAGUUCAUGGGGCAAAGGGCAUGUUGUUAGUUUGCUGUAAGAUUCUAUUCUGUAUAUAUGUUUUCAUGUAAAUAAGUGAAAAUCUAUAUUCAGAGUUAUAUUUUAAUUUUUAUUCAAAAUGAAAUAAAUCCCCUUUUUACUUGAGCAAUUGUAAGCUACGUUGUUAAUAAAGUAACAGUAAAUCACA